ACGCAAUCCAACAGUCUCUAUUGACUUUGUAUUGCGUGAGGCUGCCUCCUUGUCAUUUCUGACUUAUUGCAAAAAAGAAUUAUUUCACCUGUCGCCGAAUACGUUCCCCUCCAAUGUAGUUCUUAUAGUAAUAUGACCCGUUGCGCUCUGUCUCACCACUUUUGCCUGUAUCCACUUUUGUGUCCUUAAACAUUCGUUUUUUGGGGUCGACAGCUUAUAAAAACUUAGUUCUGGGUUUUUUUUUAGCUUGUUUGCUGUACACCAUGUCACAUAGCAGCUUUUAGACAUUGUUCUAUUUUUUGUUAUAAGCCAGAAAUGACAAGGAGGCAGCUUCACGCUAUAUAAAGUCAAUGGGGACUGUUGGAUCGUUUCCCCUCCCCCAGAUUAUGACGCGUGUCGCUCUGUCUCUAGCGUAUGACAUCAACAAGGACAAGAUGUUUCAGUAUCAUUACAAGUUCGAAGCCGCCAAACAUCACAUCACUAUUCUAAGUGUUUUGCUUACAAUAGUAAAAACUAUGAGGAUUUUAUUAAAGUUCAUUCGAAAUCGGCAGGAUUCACCUAGAAAAGGACAAGAUGUCAUGUCUACGUGGGAAUCUAAUAUUCCUUCGAAGAUUGUUGAGAUUGAACAUGAUUGUAUGUCUGAACCUUUCUCAAAACCAUACUUGUCUUCUACUCUUGUAAACAAGAUGAUGCUUACAUUAGGAUUAAAGAAACAAAGCAUCACCUUGGACACGUUUAAAUACAUUAUAAGAGACCUGGCAACGCAGCUAGAUAGAGUCACAACAAAGGUUUAUGGAGAGUCCAAAGCUUACAAUGUGGUGGAUGAUUUGAGUUUGGGGGAGUGUGAAGUUUUCAUUUUCAGAUGGUCUGAGGAACUAAAGUGUUUGCGUUCAAAAUACAGAAGCCACCUAGGCAAGAUUUCCAAUGUUGAGAGAUUCAGGAGGAGUCUGGAAGGUCUAAACAUCAGAGAUGAUCAAGUUCAGAAUCUCAUAGAAGUUCAGAAAGAUUUUCACUGGUUUAUUCACAUUUUGAAGUCACUUCCAAAGUCCUCAGUGUGUCAAGAAGGAUGUGCUAGAGAAGAGCUGCUGAAUCUAUACAGACAGUGGAAGAAAGGGCAUCUAAUCAGUAUGCUUCCUAUCAUGGACUUUAUCAUGAAGACACUACUCAAGGAAAAGGAUUUCGUUUUGAAACUGAGGCUUCAACAUAGAUUGGCAUUGAUGGAAACAGGUUCACAUGUACCAUUGCAAUUUGAACUGCAUCUUCUAAAAGACUUGAUAAUGAAAUUCUCACUUUAGAAUUAAUGUACCACCAGUGUGAUCAAACUCUUUUGUGAUAGUGAUAGUUCACAUGGAAUGAGUGAGUGAGCCAAGGACUAACACAAGCAAUAGGUAACCAUUUUAUGCAAAAUUAUCCAAUGCAAAUCUCGUGGGAGCGGACGGUUUUACCUUUGCUGCGGGUGUGUAACGCACUGGUUGUGUAAUCACACACGAAGAUGAAGAUGAGUAUAAACAGGAUAACUUUAAUAAUCCAAACAGGUACGAUCCAACAGAGAAGCAGCAACACAACCAUAAUAGAAAUGAGACCAGACCACGAUACAGCAACUGAACUGAACUUAAAUACACAGACGAUUAACUCAAAUAACAAACAGCUGUGAUGAUUAGUGCAGUGUCCAUGGUGACAGAUUGUGGCGGGAAAACAGAACAAAGGAACACGUUACUAAUGAAAACAAACAAACUGAAAGUCCAUGUGGUGUGAGCGUGUGACAGAACGCCCCCUCCCGGAAGGCACGUCUUCACGCCGUAGAGAGGAGAACCCACGAGGUGGAAAAAGGGAUCCGGAGGGCAGAGGUGGAGCUGGAGCGACCUAGGGCGGAGGUGGGGCCUGAGGGAGGGCGGAGCUAGCCAUAGCAGAAGGGGUGGAGGGCCAGAGAGUAGCGUAUGGCCCCCAAGUCCGCAGCGGAGGCGUAGUGACGUCCGACCCAGGCGGAGCCGACGUGCCGAGGGAGCCCAGCAAGGGCGAAUGCCCGAUGGUCAUUGCUGACGAUGAGGGUGGAAGGAACGUAGGUGUAGGAGCCAGGUUGACAGGUCGAGGAGGAGUGGAGCGCUCUGAGGCCGGAACGAAACUAAUUUGAACGGCGUGCCACUCGGACCAUUUUUCCGCUAGACUCAAGUUCAAAUGGAUGUGGCGCAAGCUUCCUAGAGCAGAUUUUUUUAGAGUAGUGCUGCCUUCACAUGCUCUCUGAAUUAUCGUAAAAUAUGAGUUUCUAGGUAAUUCAAAUUGGAAGUGAGCAUUCCUAUGCCCUACUCACUCCAAAGGGCCCUUGGGUGUCAUAAUGAAGCCGUUUGGGCCCUUCUUGAAGGGAUUUAGUUGUUCACUUUUGUUUGGAACGCCCCUACAAAUGGCAUCUCCUUCCCGAAGUGCUCUUCAGGGGUCAGAAAAACACUGUUUGGAAUUCACCCUUGCUCUCUGAUCAGUCUUGGUAACGUGACCAUUAAAUCUAAUGAGAAGCGCUUGAAUUCAGCAGAGAACACAAAUGUUUCGGUGAUGUGGGCUAGUUUAAAGCCAGAUGAAACAGAGCUGAUAAACAGGAGAAACACUGUGCGCAACAAAACAGUCAGAAGGCUUUUUAAUCUACAAAUCGUCAUCAUUUAUCAUGUAUUUACUGUAGUAACACUAACUACACCACAGUAUUGUGGCAGAAAUGUGGGAAAUUCAUAUUGAAUUUUGUUAUUAAUGUAGACAUGUAUUAGAGUAAUGGAAUAUAAUUACAGUAUUUGUGAUUAGGUUUGUGCAUUUAUACUAAAUGUAUUUAGGCUAUGUUUUUUUAAUACAAAUACCAUAGAAACCAUAAUUACAUUUUACCAUGGCAUUGAGGUGCUAUAUGUGUGGUUUUAACUGUGGUCAUCAUGAUCUAAAUGUAUGCUACUGUGAAUGUCCAAUGGUUGACUUUAAUGAAAUCAAAGAGUCAAAAUAUUCCAAUUUUACCAUAUAAAAACGAGGUUGUUACAAUUUUUAUAUGUUACUGUUUUUGUUAAUGAACAUAAAUUUAUAUCAGCAAUCCUAACUCCUAACUGACAAUAAAGGUUAGUUUAAAACCACAA